AACAGCUUAAGUUUUCCAACUCUGCGUCAAAGCUACUCUGGAAUAAAACACCAAUUGCGGUAUUUAAUAUGAGCAUCACAAGCGCUUGGAAUACUGUACGACAAGAUUGCAAUAUCGGCAGGGCCGCGAAUUAAAAGCCGUAAAAGUAUUUAUGAGUUUACACAGUUGCUAGCGAGUCCCGGCACCUGUUGGUCUUUGGCGUGCCCAAAGUCAAUCUGCAUAAUGACAUUAAAAGCAAGAUGCAGUGUUUUGGAAAACUUCGAUCCUGUACAUGUGUCACCACUGAAUUGGCAGGAAAAAUGGAAUUGGAAGCCUUCACAGAUGUCUUUGCUGUUCAGUUCGAUCGUCUGGAGCAGGCGCGGCGGGCUAAACGACAGCUGGAUGCUAAACAAUUCUAUGGCGGUAUACUACACAUCUCUUAUGCUCCCGAAAGAGAAACGUUCCAAGAGCUGAGGGAAAAGUUUCUACAGCGCCGGAAAGAGAUUGAUUAUCGUUUGCAGCACAAUAAAAUGGAGCAGCCUACCUCGAAGCGGAAGACAAAGACAACAGAGUAGCGUUUAAUUCAUUUUUGUGUUGUCAUUUUAAUAAACCUAACGCAUGAUGAUACGAGCCUCGAA